UCUUUGUUUCAAGAAGUGCUUGAUAAUGGGCAAAUGGAGUGCCAAUUUGCUAACAAUGAAAGAAACAGAGCGCCAGUUCUAAAUUCAUGAAAAAGUUUCCUUUUUUAAUCCCACUUAUUGGUGGUUUCUGAAUGUUAAUUCUGGAGACUAAAAAGUUUGGUUUGUUAUUUUGUGGCAGUUAACAGAAGCUUGUUGUUGUUGACUGUUGAGAAUGAUAUACACAGCGAUUGACAAUUUUUACUUAACUGAUGAGCAGCUGAAGGACUCGCCUUCUCGGAAAGAUGGUACAGAUGAAGCGACCGAGACUACCCUACGAAUCUAUGGCUGUGAUCUCAUCCAUGAAAGUGGCAUCUUGCUUAGACUACCUCAAGCUGUGACGGCCACUGGGCAGGUUCUGUUCCAUCGUUUCUAUUGCAAGAAAUCAUUUGCCCGCUUCAAUGUGAAGAAAGUCGCAGCGAGCUGUGUGUGGCUUGCAUCAAAGCUGGAGGAAAGCCCAAGGAAAGCGAGACAAGUCCUCAUUGUUUUCCACAGAAUGGAAUGUAGGAGGGAGAACUUACCAAUAGAGUAUUUGGAAGUUGGUUCUCAGAAAUAUCAUGACCUCAAGACAGACUUGAGCAGAACAGAAAGACAUAUAUUGAAAGAGAUGGGAUUCGUUUGUCAUGUCGAACAUCCUCAUAAAUUCAUAUCCAACUACCUUGCCACCCUUGAAACCCCUCCAGAAUUAAGGCAAGAAGCAUGGAAUCUAGUAGUUAAUCACAAUUUGCGCACAACCUUGUGUGUUCGAUUCAGGAGUGAGGUUGUGGCUUGUGGAGUUGUCUAUGCUGCUGCUCAUCGGUUCCAGGUUCCCCUUCCUGAGAAUCCACCAUGGUGGAUUGCAUUUGAUGCGGACAAGUCUGGGAUUGAUGAAGUUUGUAGAGUUCUGGCUCACCUGUACAGGCCUAAGGCACAGUACAUUCCAGUCUCUAAGGAUGGAAACUCUUUUACAUUUUCCAGCAAACCAACCCAGCCAGUUUCAAAGAUGAAUCUAUCGUAUUCUUUAACUUUUAAUCUAGAGGAUCCAAAUUCCAAGUAUACAUUGGUAAGAGUAGCUGUUGACAAGCUGAAGGAAUCUAAGAAAGGUGAUGAUGAACCAGAGAACAUUCUUGUUGAUGGACAAGCAAGAGACGAGCCCAUGCCAAAAUCCAACCCUGAGCACAGAACAGAGGAGGCAUUCGGGGAAAUCAAGACAUCCAUCACUCAUCACUAGGUACUAUACUUGGUAUGUGCCAGCCAGAGUGAGCUAUCUUAAACGCUUUACAUAUUAACUUGGAGGAAUGUGGUCUUUCUACAAAUUCAAGAGACAACGAUCAUACAAAUAGCAAAUUAUGGCACCA